ACUUGACCCUGACAAGAUUCAGCAUCCCUACAUCAGAAAUCAUGCGUCAGACUCGCGUCCCCUCGUUUCACAUCACGUCGCGGUGUCAAGUUUUGAGCUUUCCUGCCUCCGGAGAGAGACAGAAUCCUCAUCAGCUGUGACAGCGCAGAGAGAGGUGAGGCAAACCAUGUGACUGCGGGGUAUCAGGAGAGAUUAGUGAAUAGUGAUAUCGUCGACUUCACUGCAGCUCAUCAGUCGCUUGCGAACCUGCGAUGGCACUGCUUCCACAAUCCGUGGAAGCAGAACACUUUGACGGUCUUUCACUCCUCUACUGGACAAUAAUGGGACCUCAUGGCAUCAAUCGUGCUGUGGAAAGACUAGAGUUUACAGACUGUAAAAAAGGACUUGGCGUGAAGAUUAUUGGGGGCUACAGGGGACAGAGCGGUGAAGAGUUCGGCAUUUUCAUUAAACGCAUUUUGCCAGGUGGCGUCGCGGCACAGGACGGGCGUCUCAGACCAGGGGACCUCAUUUUAGAUGUCAACAACAUGAAUUUACGGGGUGUUACGAAUGAAAAGGCAGUGGAGGUUCUUCGAAUGGCAUCAGCUACAAAUCACAUGUCUUUACUGGUAGUACGUGACGACGCUUCCAGGAGGGAAUUUACUGAAUUAAUGGAAAAGUAUGGCUCCAGCAGUAGUACCAGUUCUGGAUCAGACACCUCUGUUUCCACAGGAAAGAUGACAGACACAGCGUCCUCCUCCUCAUCUUCUAGAUCAACCAGUCCUCUGCUUCUGAGUCCUAAAGAACCAAGCCCAGUGUACACCACCGCCUGCAUCAACUCCCCAUCUCCACAAGUCUGCACAGACUGCAUGAUUCAAUUGAUUUGUGUUGCCAAAGGGACGGGGUUAGGCCUGGUCAUCAGGGGCGGAGCUAAUCGUGCAGAGGGGCCAAUGGUGUUCGUUCAGGAAAUAAUUCAAGGAGGCGACUGCCAAAAAGACGGGAGGCUAAAGUCCGGGGACCAGCUUAUAUCCAUCAACAAGGAGUCACUUGUUGGAGUAACACAUGAAGAAGCCAAAAGCAUACUUACUCGAACCAAACUCAGACCAGACCCUACAGUAGAAAUCGCAUUUAUCAGACGAAGAUCUUCGUCAGGCUCCAGCAGUGGACCACACAGCCCUAUCUCCCUUCAACCCUCCUGCAGUACAAAUCAUCCAGCUCCCCAAACCAAGCCCUCUGGACUGAGUGGAGCAGCUUUACCUGGAGGCCUCGUUCCCAAAAUAGCCAACACUCCCAAUUCUGGAAGUGAGACGUUGCCUUCUGUUGAACUUACUAAGGUACGAGCAGCAACAGGGAAGCCUGUUCUUGCCCCCGUGACCUCACCUGAGAGUGCCUGCACCACAGUGGCCAACGCUGAUGCAUCCGCUGCCUGUAACCCCAGCAGACCCUCCAAACCUCUGUGCUCCGUCCAAAGCUUCGAACUCAAGCCCGAAAAAAUCGACCAGACUUUGGAGGUGCUUGGAUUGAAGCCGGCUGAUUCUCAGGUCUUGACGCUGAGAGAAAGACUGCGUUUAAAUGCUGGAGGGACAGUGGCUUAUGGAGAUUUUGAUACAGUGACAAAGGAACUUUUUAAACAACCGUCCAAGUUGGAUUCAGAACAGGAAGUAGCAAGAUUGACAUCAGAUGAUCUCAUUGAGUCUCCAUCAAACCCUACGCCAUCAUUAUCAGACUCUGAUGAUCUGGAUGAGAUGGAGAGGCUAAGGAAAGAGCACAUCGAGGCCUUGAGGGAGCUCAAGGGACUGCAGGAUAAGCUGGCAGAAUCCGAGAGCCUUAAUCAUAAGAUGCUGCAGGAACUGACAAAAGUUAAACAGGACGCAAAAUCUGCAGUGGAGGAGAGUCGAUCCCUGCGGACGCGGAUUCAUCUGGCAGAGGCUGCACAGAAACAGGCCCGGGGAAUGGAGAUGGACUACGAAGAGGUCAUCCACCUCCUGGAGGCUGAGAUAGCUGAGAUGAAGUCUCUAAAAACUGAACAACCCAGUCAGGAAAAG